UGGAGUUUCAUUGUCAGCUUCUGCACCAUACCGGGCAGACAGGAACACCAUCACAAGCAAAAGCUGGCAGGCUGACGCAGACGGGCAGCUUCACAGGACGGAUUAUCUGGUAACCGACCCUUUAACUGUGUCACACUCGGACUCCGUGUGGGAUUUCGGCCAUGAGCUCCGUCGCCGUACUUACGCAGGAAAUCUUCAAUGAGCACCGCAGCGGGCUCUUGCUUGAGCAGGCCGGCUCUUCCAUUGCUGAUCCUAGCGGGUCAUCUGAGGAAGAGGCACUGCCAACCUAUAAGGAUGCCUUCCCCCCUCUGCCUGAGAAGGCGGAGUCACCCGAGGGGGCGCCGGAAUCAUCCAACGCCUGGGCAUCUAAGCUGCGGCCACUGAAGUCCUCAGUUGUCACGCAGGUUUUCCAUGUGCCACUGGAGGAGCGCAAGUACAAGGACAUUAACCAAUUUGGGGAAGGUGAACAGGGUAAGAUCUGUGUAGACAUCAUGCAGAAGACUGGGGCGCACCUGGAGCUCUCUAUGGCCAAGGAUCAGGGGCUCUCUAUCAUGGUCUCUGGGAAGAUGGAUGCUGUCAUGAAGGCCCGAAAGGAGAUCGUCUCUCGACUGCAGACUCAGGCUACUGCCACCGUAGCCAUCCCCAAGGAACAUCACCGCUUUGUCAUCGGCAAGAAUGGGGAGAAGCUGCAGGAAUUGGAGUUGAAGACGGCCACCAAGAUCCAAAUUCCACGGCCCGACGACACCAGCAACCUCAUCAAGAUCUCCGGCACGAAAGAGGGCUUGGAGAAGGCCCGGCAUGAGAUCCUUCUCAUCUCCGCCGAGCAGGACAAGCGGGCAGUGGAGAGGGUGAACAUCGACAAGGUGUACCACCCUUUCAUUACUGGGGCCUACAACAAGGUGGUGGGUGAGAUGAUGCAGGAGACGGGUACCCGCGUAAACGUACCCCCUCCCAGUGUCAACAAGACUGAGAUUGUUAUCACUGGAGAGAAGGAACAGGUGGCCCAGGCAGUGGUCAUGAUCAAAAAGAUCUACGAAGAGAAGAAGAAGAAUACCACCACCAUCGCGGUUGAGGUGAAGAAGUCUCAGCACAAGUAUGUUAUCGGCCCCAAGGGUAAUACCCUGCAGGAGAUCCUGGAGAAGACUGGAGUCUCGGUUGAGAUCCCACCCUUUGAUAGCAGCUCUGAAACCAUCAUCCUCCGUGGAGAACCAGCUCGGCUGGGCCAGGCACUCACUGAGGUGUACGCCAAGGCCAACAGCUACGCUGUUUCCUCCGUCUCGGCUCCUUCCUGGCUUCAUCGCUUCAUCAUUGGGAAGAAGGGGCAGAACCUGGCCAAAGUCACUCAGCAGAUGCCCAAGGUGCACAUUGAGUUUACUGAGGGAGAAGAUAAGAUCUCUCUGGAGGGACCCACCAAGGACAUUCAGCUGGUGCAGAGCCAGAUGGAAGCCAUUGUCAUGGACUUGGUUAGCCGUAUGGACUACGCCGAGAUCAGUGUGGACCCGAAGUUCCACCGACACCUGAUUGGAAAAGGCGGUGCCAACAUUAACCGCAUCAAGGACCAGCACAAGGUGUCAGUCCGCAUCCCCCCCGACCAUGAGAACAGCAACCUUAUCCGCAUCGAGGGGGACCCCCAGGGUGUGCAGGAAGCCAAGAAAGAGCUGCUGGAGCUGGCGUCACGAAUGGAGAACGAGCGUACAAAGGAUAUGAUUAUUGAACAACGUUUUCACAGGGCCAUUAUUGGACAGAAAGGAGAGAACAUUAAGGAAGUCCGGGAUAAGUUCCCAGAGGUCAUCAUUAACUUCCCUGACCCGGCCCAAAAGAGUGACAUCGUUCAGCUUCGUGGGCCUCGGAAUGAAGUGGAAAAAUGUUCCAAAUUCAUGCAGAAGAUCGUUGCUGAAAUGGUGGAGAACAGUUUUUCAGUGUCUGUCCCCAUCUUCAAACAGUUUCACAAGAAUAUUAUUGGAAAAGGAGGGGUGAAUAUCAAAAAGAUUCGUGAAGAGACCAACACAAAGAUUGACUUGCCUGCUGAGAACAGUAACUCUGAGAUGAUUAUUAUUACUGGAAAGAAGGCUAACUGUGAGGCUGCGAAGAAUCGCAUUUUGGCCAUCCAGAAAGAACUGGCUAAUAUUACAGAGGUGGACGUGUCCAUUCCCUCAAAGUUGCACAACUCCCUAAUUGGUUCUAAGGGACGAUUUGUGCGCUCGAUCAUGGAGGAGUGCGGCGGUGUGCACAUCCACUUCCCCUCUGAGGGGUCUGGCAUCGACACAGUCACCAUCCGUGGCCCUGCAGAGGACGUGGAUAAGGCCCGCAAGCAGCUGCUCUCCUUGGCUGAGGAGAAGCAAACCAAGAGCCACACUGUGGAGCUCCGUGCCAAACCGGAAUACCACAAGUUCCUCAUCGGGAAGGGUGGCGCAAACAUCCGGAAAGUGCGGGACAGCACUGGAGCCCGCAUAAUCUUCCCCACGGCAGACGAUCAAGAUCAGGAGCUCAUCACUGUAGUGGGGACAGAGGAGGCCGUGCGAGAUGCUGCAAAAGAGCUUGAGGGACUCAUCAAGAAUCUGGAUAAUGUGGUGGAGGACUUCAUUACAGUUGAUCCAAAGCACCACCGCUACUUUGUAGCACGCCGUGGCCAGGUGCUAAGGGAUCUUGCCGAUGAGUACGGCGGCGUGAUGGUCAGUUUCCCUCGCACUGCCUCACAGAGCGACAAGGUCACCCUGAAGGGUGCCAAGGAGUGCGUGGAGGCCGCCAAGAAGCGCAUGCAGGAAAUUAUUGAGGACCUGGAUGCCCAAGUGAGGAUGGAGUGUGUGAUCCCCCAGAAAUUUCACCGCUCCCUCAUGGGUCCAAAGGGAUCCAGGAUCCAGCAGAUCACCAGAGAUCACAAUGUGCAGAUUAAGUUCCCUGACCGAGAGGAUGCUCAGGGUUCUCCAACUGAGCCAGUUGCCCAGGAGAAUGGAGUGACUAACGGAGAGGAGAAGGAGCCUGCUGACCCGGAUGUCCCAAAGAAGUGUGACAUCAUUGUGCUCUCGGGGCGCAAGGAACGAUGCGAGGCAGCAGUGGAGGCCCUUAAGGCGUUGGUUCCUGUGUCCAUUGAUGUAGAAGUGUCCUAUGAACUUCACCGUUACAUCAUUGGCCAGAAAGGAAGUGGAAUUCGUAAAAUGAUGGAUGAAUAUGAGGUCAACAUUCAAGUGCCUGCUCCUGAUCUCCAGUCAGACAUCAUCUCCAUCACUGGCCUGGCCAGUAAUCUGGAGCGUGCCAAAGAGGGUCUCCUGGAGCGUGUCCGAGAGCUUCAGCUGGAGCAACAAGACCGGGCUCUCAGGAGCUUCAAACUGACCAUCACUGUGGACCCCAAAUAUCACCCAAAGAUCAUUGGGCGCAAAGGGGCUGUCAUCACCCAGAUCCGCACUGAGCACGAUGUCAACAUUCAGUUCCCAGAGAGGAAUCACGAGGACCAGGAUCAGAUCACCAUAACUGGGUAUGAAAGCAACGCAGUUUCUGCCCGGGAUGCCAUCCAGGCCAUCGUGGAUGAACUAGAGGAGAUGGUUUCUGAGGAUGUUACCCUGGACAGCAGGGUCCAUGCCCGCAUCAUUGGGGCCCGUGGCAAGGGCAUCCGAAAGAUCAUGGAUGAGUUCAAGGUUGAUUUGAAGUUCCCUCAGAGUGGGGCUGCAGACCCAAACAUGGUGACUGUCACUGGGCGCCCUGAGCUGGUAGAUGAAGCAAUCGAUCACCUCCUGAACCUCGAGGAGGAAUACCUGUCAGAUGUGGUGGAGAACGAGUCCAAACAGGCUUACACGAAGCCACGUGGAGGUGCUGCUACCGCUGUGGAGGAGCAGCCAGGUGCAUCAAAGGGCUUUGUUGUGAGGGAUGCUCCCUGGGCCGCUGCAUGUGAGAAGGCUCCUGAUAUGAGCAGCUCUGAGGAUUUCCCCAGCUUUGGAGCACCUGUGGCACCAAAGGCCUCUCCAUGGGGCCCCAAACGGUUCUAACAUGGAAAAAGAUUGUCAUCCAUCCUGCCAGACUUUUGCUGGGCAGACCAUUGUUGGCAACAAACUUUGUCUUGGCCUUAAGAAAAAAAAAUGGAUAUGCAAUUCCUCAAGCAAAAAAAAAAAGAAAAAAAAAAAAAUUGUAAAAGAUUAUGGAUAAAACUGGAACUGAAUGUCCAAAAAAAUAAUAAAAAUGGAACAUUUA